AUGUCCACACUCAAGAUCUCGCUCCUCGUCGUCGCCUGGGCAAGCUAUCUCAUUGCCUACACACCCCCAAACCCACCCGCACCUUCACAAGACCGAGCGUCCUACGAGAAAGAGCACCUCAGCCUCGGAGCGAAGUUCGUGCAGAGGUACAGCCCCAAGGCGACGAUUGCACAAAGGGCGUUCGUCUCCGCCGUCAUGCUCCUAGAAGUUGCCUUCGCGAGUGACAUCCCAAGCCUACAGCAGCUACUACCGAACGCCGUGGUUUCGUCCCUUCGAGCCAGCUUCAUCUCACCGCUCUUCCUGCUGGGCUUCGCAUGCGCUAUGUUCGGAGCGUUCGUGCGCCUCUGGUCGUACCGCGCCAUGGGAGCUCACUUCACGUUCCAACUCUCACUCCUGAAGAACCACAAGCUCGUCACUACCGGGCCCUACGCAUACGUGCGACACCCAUCCUAUACCGCGCUCACAAUGACCGUGAUUGGCAUCUUCCUUUGCGAAAUGUCGGAGGGAUCGUGGUAUAUGGAGACCAGCGCGUACGAUACUCCGGCGGGGAAGGCCAUCAUGCUCCUCGCGGGGUGCUGUGUCGCUAUCCUGGUGUCAGUCGUGUCUCGGGUCGCUAAGGAGGACAAGUUGCUCUCGGAGAACUUUGGACACGAGUGGGAGGAGUGGAGGGGGAGAGUGCCUUAUCGCUUUGUCCCAGGCAUACUGUAA